AUGGAAGAGGAAGAAACAGUGACAGAGUUUUCAUUAUCCAAACUCAAGGCGUCACUUCUUCCUCAACAGGAUUCAUUCGAAGGAGAAGCCAGCAUUGAGCUGAAAAAGCUCAUCAAAUCAACCCUGGGCUGGGUUUUCUUCAUAGACAACGAGUCCAGUUUAUGGCGGUCUGGGCUUUCUUGGUCCAUGUUUUUCUUGCUCACGAUUUGUGUCCCUCUCGUUUCCCACUUCGUUUUUGCUUGUUCUCCCUCUUCUUCCUCUGGCAGCCGUUGUGAUGAGGAUCAUAGCCGACCCUUCGAUGGAAUUGUUCAGAUUUCCCUCUCUCUGUUCGCCAUAUUGUCUUUUCUCAGCCUAUCUUCUUUUACUCACAAAUAUGGGCUCCGGAAAUUCCUGUUUCUUGAUAAAUUGAGUCACGAGAGUCAGAAAGUUAAACAAGGCUAUGCUCAGGAAAUUCAUAGGUCAAUGAAGAUCUUGUCAGCCUUUGUCCUACCCUGCUUCUUUGCAGAUGCUGCGUACAAGAUAUGGUGGUUCAGUUCGGGUGGAACCCAAAUUCCCUACUUUUACAAUGUCUAUUUGAGCCACACCAUAGCCUGCAUAUUGCUAAUGUCCUCCUGGCUGUACAGGAUAUCGAUUUCCUUCCUCGUUUGUGUUCUCUUCCAGUUGAUAUGUUUUCUUCAGAUCCUGAGGCUGGAAGAUUUUGCACAGGUUUUCGAGAGAGAUUCUGAUGUUGCAUCAAUCUUGUUAGACCAUCUAAGCAUUAGGAGAAAUCUUCGGAUCAUAAGCCAUAGAUUCAGAAAAUUCAUUUUGUUCUCCCUGAUCCUUGUUACUGGCAGUCAAUUUGUUUCUUUACUAAGAACAACUGAGUCUAGGUCCAUUGUUGAUAUCUUCACAGCUGGAGAACUCGCGUUGUGCUCCAUCUCGUUGGUGACAGGGCUAUUCAUUUGCUUGCGCAGCGCAGCAAAAAUCACGCACAAAGCGCAGUCUGUUACAUCUCUUGCAGCGAAGUGGCAUGUUUGUUCCACUAUUAAUUCAUUUGAAGAAGUGGAAGGCGACACGCCAAGAUCUCACGCUGCAACAGAUCACGUGAUCUACUCUCUGAAUAAUGCUUAUGAAGAAACUGAUAGCGAAGAAGGAGAUGGAGAUGAUGCAAUUGAUAACACACAUUUUCUCCCAAUUCUGCAUGCCCUUUCUUACCAAAAGAGGCAAGCACUAUUGACAUAUUUUGAGCACAACAGGGCUGGAAUUACAGUUUAUGGCUUCAUGCUGGAUAGGUCAUGGCUGCACACCAUAUUUGCCAUCCAAUUGUCACUCACCUUAUGGAUACUGAACAAAACAAUUGGCAUUCAUUAA